CACAUACUUGGUUGGAUUUCUAACUUUUUAGAAGUAUUUUUACACACUUGAAUUUCUGUGACUGCAGUAAAGAAAACUAUUGUUUUUGUUUUUCCGUCACACAUCAACAAACUGGUUCGUGCUCAUUACAGGGACUGGAAAUUUGAGUCUGACAAUCGGACUCUAGUCGCACUUAAAAUAAGACCUCAAACUUGAGGGGGGAAUAGGGGAGGGGGUAUUGGAGGGUCUUGGCUUGAGUAGAGCUAAGAACUGUCCCAGACAUUGACUCUUAGGUCAGGGUAGGAACGUAGGUCGACUGGUAAAUCAUCAGCUUCGCCUUUGGACUCAGCUCCUUCUUACUGCACCACUCCAUUCUCCCCUAACUUGUGAGCAAGAACCCCAAUUACCCCCAACUCAUCCACUUGGGCCAGGAUCUCAUUCCCGACCCAUAGAGGGCACUCCACUCUUGUCAGGCUGAGCAGUGUGAUCCCCUAUAGUUGGAACACGCCCUCCGAUCCCCGUUGUUGAAGAGGGUCACCACCACCAUCCAUCAAUCGAGAGGCACUGCCCCCGAUGGCCACACGAUGCUACAAAGGCGUGUGACAGCUUUUAAAGGAUCAGACACCCAACCCUCCGACUUUGGGCACUACCCAGCUCACACUGCACCAUACCCCGUUGGCCCUUCCCACAUGUGGACCAAAAACAUCGAUCUUUUUUGGUAUUAUAAGGCAUUCUUCACCAGGUGGAGCCGUCUUUCGAGGCCAGGAACACAGGGCUUCUACCCUGACUAUCUCAGAAUCAGUUAUGGCUGUGCCUCCGGGGUAUUAUGACCGUCCACGUACGGACUGGGGUCAGGGUGAACACGGUUCAGUCCAAACAAAGUCCAGCCUACAGUCAGGUUUAGGGUGUAAUCUUUUUAUUUCCACACGUCUUCAUCCUUGAGCCAACUUUAAGGUUUGCGUUCAUCAAAGCAGGAAAUAAUGUUUCUCAGAAUGCUGCAGGGAAUGUUGUUGCACUGGAAGCUGAACCGGAACACUCUCACAUUUCGCCUGUGCACCAACAGGAAGCAGGGUAGGUCAGUUAGACCAACAGGCUCUCCGGUGUGACCUGGUGGGACCUGAGGAAAAAAAUGUCAACUGCCUAUUGUUAGUUUGAGGUCAACAGGUCAGAAAAACAAUAUGAAAAAAACAACAACAAAGCACUGAAUUAAUAUUUUUCUUGUGCUCAACAACAACAGAUUGACUGCUCACUACAGCAGCUCAUAUGAAAAAAAACAUCUUGUUGGAGGUCGGUCGACACCCUUGAAUUUGUGCCCAGAGGUGCAGAUGUUGCUUUGGCUUUUACUCACAAAAGCACAGAAGGGUCCCCUCCUCCUCGGUGUAUAGAGUUGAUAUCUGUUCUUUGCAAAACUGACAACUUGAUUGCUGUCAAGAGACACACAAUUUACCACAAUGACAUCUUUUUAUUUCCUCAUAAAGACUGAAAGAUUUGAAUAACGGAAAAAUCCUGUUGAAGCGUAGAAGACAUGGGUUAGACCACAACAUGCACUAAAUAUACAAGGAGGGGAGGGUUUUAAGAGCACGCCUAUUUUCUCCUCCUCUCUCUUUUCCUCUCCACAGCUCUUCUGUCCUCUCUGUCCUUCUCACAGGACGCACUCCUCCACUCCUCCACUGUGCGUAAAAGCGGCUAACAGAAAAAUGAACUCUGUGGUGAAGUGGCUGCUCAUCCUCCUCGCCCUCCUCUCCGUCGUUCUGAACAUCAUCCUGAUCGGGAUCUACUCCAAGAGGUCGCCCAAGUGUUCCAGCCAACGCGUGCACCCGCUGCGCGCCAAACACGAUGAUCGCAGCCUGGUGUUCGCGGACCUCAGUCAGGAGGAGUACAUGCAGGUCCAGCAGUACAUGCUCCGGCAGAAGGACCUGGACGUCUCCACCAACCAGAUCACUCUGCCGUCUGAGAACUUCGUCUUCCUCAUCGAGCUCUCUCUGCCCAAGAAAGCGGAGACACUUUUGUACCUGGACAGCGAGGGCCCGAAGCCGGUGAGAAAGGCCACCGUGGUGGUCUUCCACGGCGCACAGGGCUACAUCAAGGAGUACGAGGUGUGGCCCCUCCCGGACCCCAAAUACCACAAGGAUAUCACCAUGGAGAAGUACGGGACCGAGCUGCCAAUCAACGCCCGCCAAAUCACCGUCGGAGAGUAUGUGCAGCUCUUCAGCUUCUUUGAGAUCCAGGUCUUCUCCAAACUGGAGAAACUCCUCAAGGAGAGCUUCGAUUAUGGACCGCACAAGAAACUGAAAUUUUUUGAACAGAUGCCGCGCGGAGUUCGAUCUGGAGACAGAAAUACGUGGGUGGCUUUUAUGAAGGAUGUCAGCGGCAUCUACAUCAACCCCUCUGGCUUCGAGGUGCUGGUCAACCACCAGAGUGUAAACUCGUCUGAGUGGAAGGUGGAGGGUUUGUUUUACAACGGCCAGUACUUCAGCACCGUGGAGGAGCUUCGACUGAAGUACGAGGCUGGUACUGUUAGGAAAAUCGUCUACAAAGAUUCUCCAAAUCCGGGCUCUCUGAAGCCCAGGACCAAGCCUCUCCAAAUUGGCCCACAGCUCUUUUACGCAGAGGGAAAACGCUUCAGUGUCAGUCAGAACCAGGUCCUGUACCUGGACUGGAGCUUUGCCUUCGGACUCAGCUCACUGACGGGCAUGCGGGUGUUCGACGUGCGCUUUAAGGGUGAGAGGAUCGUGUACGAGCUGAGCGUGCAGGAGGCCUUGUCUGUGUACGGAUCCAUGACGCCUGGGAUGAUCUUCACUAAAUUCCUUGACUCCAGUAUCGGUAUCGGACGAUUUGCGCACGAAUUAGUGCGCGGCGUGGACUGCCCCCACGAGGCUGUUUAUAUAGACACGUAUCGAUACAUCGACACAGCGGUUCCUGUCAGGUUUAGGAAUUCAAUCUGCAUCUUUGAGCACAACAUGGGUCAGCCGCUGCGCAGACAUUUCUCCGACUUUUUCCAUCACAGUUAUGGAGGAAUGGUGAACAGCGCCCUGGUGGUCAGGACCAUCACUGCCAUAGAGAACUACGACUACAUGUGGGACUUUGUCUUCUACCAAAACGGUGCGGUGGAGGCCAAGGUGCACGCCACCGGAUACAUCAGCGCCACUUACCUGGUGGAUGGCAGUCUGAAGUACGGACACAAGGUGGCGGACAAAGUCCUGGGCAACAUUCACACACAUUUCGUGAACUUCAAGGUGGACUUGGAUGUGUCAGGAGUUAAAAAUGUCUUCCAGGCCAAAGACAUGAAGUACGUGAAUGUGUCGGUGCCUUGGUUACCCAAUCACCACGCUAUGAUCCCACAGCUGGUGGAGACACAAAUGAACACAGAGAAGGUGAGUUCAGGUCCCAGACUGUACGAAACAGUUGGACAUUGUCCUCCACGGAGACCAGUUACAGCUCUGUGAAACAGGCCGGGUUGUUUAAUGACAAAGUACCGAGUCCUGGAGGUACUUGAAGUUACCUGGUUUGCAAAUAAGAACAUUCCAGAUCUUCUACAGUGUCGGAAAACAGUUUAUGACUAGGGAUGUCCGAUAUUAGCUUUUUGCUGAUAUCCGAUAUCGUCCAAAAACUUAAUUUCCAAUUCCGAUACCAAGUGAUACCGAUAUACGCAGCUGUUCGAUCCCAGAACUGAGGUAAACGUCUCAGGACCCUACAAGAAAUUCCAGCAUAUUUGACAAAACCCAGGAAUUGCGUUAUCGGAAAAAAACCCCAUUAACGAAUUAUACACCGUUAUUGCAUAAUUAUACUAAUAUCGGGCCGUUGAAAUUGGUCGACCGAUGUUACCGGACCUCCCUACUUACGACCAUGUGAGUAGACCACGGCUGUUUGUCAACAUUAACCCAGUCAUGACCAGUGGAACACUGUGACCUUUU